AUGUUAGAUUAUUUCAAAGAUCAAAGAAAAUUCAUCAAAAAUAUGCAUAUAAGAUUAUUUUAUCAGGUAAGAAAUUUGAUGUUAAAAGUCUCAUCAUUAGUAGACAUCGAUAUUCCAAAAGAUUCUAAAAUCACAGUUUGUGGAGAUAUUCAUGGACAAUUUUAUGAUCUAUUAAAUAUCUUUGAUCUUAAUGGUCUACCAUCUACAAAUAACAUGUAUUUUUUCAAUGGUGGGAAUCAUGAAACUGAUGAUAUGAAUAAAAUGUAUGGAUUUGAGGGAGAGGUGAAUGUCAAAUAUUCUAAAGAAAUGUUUGAACUUUUUGUAGAAACUUUUACUACACAGUGGAUUGUUGGUCAUGAUGACGUCACAUUAGAUGAGAUAAGAAAAGUUAACAGAUUUAACAGUCAACAAAUAAAUAAUGAAAGUUUGACGUGUGAAAUUUGUGAUUCACAAAUAUUACCAGGAAGAAGUCCAAGCAAAAGAAGAUUAGGUGUACAAUUUGGACCAGAUGUUACCAAGAAUUUCUUGAAAAGAAAUAAUCUUGUUAAAGAAAAUGGUUAUGUUAUAGAACAUAAUGGUAAAUGCAUAACUGUUUUUUCAGCACCUAAUUACUGA